GCGGCGUUCUGAAAGUGAGCUUAGAUAAAACUGCGGAAAAGAUACUGUUCUAUAUUACCUCAUUCCAAAGGAAAUCAAUUUGAAAAUGCAGCGAGACUACGCCGUCGAUAAGGAAACGAUCAAGUCCUUCCUGGCCGAGUUCUACCGAGAGGAGGAUGAUGGAAAAAAAAACUUCGUCUACGCACGACAGAUGACCAAAAUUGCCCAUCGCGAGCAGAUCCAGCUGACCGUCGAUCUGGACGAUGUGGCCAGUUAUCGGGAUGAGCUGGCGGAAGCGAUGCAGGCCAACUCCCGGCGCUACGUAAAGCUGUUCUCGGAUGCCGUUUUCGAGCUGCUUCCCUCGUACAAAGAGCACGAAGUGGCGCACAAGGACACGCUGGACAUUUUCAUCGAGCAUCGGUUGAUGAUGCAGGGCCGUCUGCACAACCCGAACGAUUCGCGCGACCCAAGAAAUGCGAUCCCGAUGGAGCUGGUAAAGCGGUACGAUGUGUACUUCAAGGCUCCGAGUGCUUCGAAGGCACUUUCGAUUCGUGACGUGAAAGCGGACAGCAUCGGCAAGCUGGUGACGGUGCGUGGUAUCGUAACGCGCUGUACCGAGGUGAAGCCAAUGAUGACGGUCGCAACGUACACGUGCGAUCGCUGUGGUUCCGAGACCUACCAACCGAUUACUUCGAUGAGCUUCCGGCCGACCGUCGACUGUCCGUCGGAGGACUGCCGGGUGAACAAGGCCGGCGGACGGUUGUAUCUGCAGACGCGCGGCUCCAAGUUCGUCAAGUUCCAGGAGCUCAAGAUGCAGGAACACAGUGACCAGGUACCGGUGGGACACAUUCCUCGCUCGUUGACGGUCAUGUGCCGAGGGGAGACGACUCGGAGUGCGCAACCCGGUGACCAUGUGGUCGUCACUGGUAUCUUCUUGCCCAUUCAAAAGACGGGCUUUCGGGCGGUCGUGUCCGGGUUGUUGAGUGAAACGUUCGUCGAUGCUCAUAGGAUCGUUUGCCUAAACAAAUCGGAUGAUGGAGACCAAAGCAAUGAGCUCACGCAGGAAGAGCUCGAUGAAUUGGCCAAGGACGAUUUCUACACCCGCAUUGCCAGCAGUCUAGCGCCCGAGAUUUACGGUCAUUUGGAUGUGAAGAAAGCGCUGCUGCUAUUGCUCGUCGGAGGCCUCGAUCGUAGCCCGGAUGGAAUGAAGAUUCGUGGUAACAUCAACAUCUGUCUGAUGGGAGAUCCCGGAGUGGCCAAGUCGCAACUGCUCGGUUACAUCGAUCGAUUGGCCGUCCGUAGCCAGUACACGACCGGGCGUGGUUCGUCCGGUGUCGGUUUGACGGCAGCCGUUAUGAAGGAUCCGCUAACCGGAGAGAUGAUCCUCGAAGGUGGCGCUCUUGUGCUGGCCGAUCAGGGCGUAUGUUGUAUUGACGAGUUUGAUAAGAUGGCCGAAGCGGAUCGUGUUUCGAUCCACGAGGUAAUGGAACAGCAAACGAUCUCGAUCGCAAAGGCUGGCAUUAUGACGUGCUUGAAUGCGCGUGUCUCCAUUUUGGCCGCCGCUAAUCCGGCCUACGGUCGGUACAACCCACGGCGUACGAUCGAACAGAACAUUCAGCUACCGGCGGCUCUGCUGUCACGUUUCGAUUUGCUUUGGCUUAUUCAGGACAUUCCUGAUCGUGACAAUGAUCUGCGGCUCGCGAAGCAUAUUACGUUCGUGCAUAGCCACGGAAAGCAACCACCAUCGCGCAUCAAGACACUCGAUAUGUCCCUCAUUCGGCGGUACAUUGCGCUGUGCAAGCGGAAGAUGCCCGUCAUUUCGCCGGAUCUAACGGAUUACAUCGUCAAUGCGUACGUGGAGCUACGCCGAGAGGCUCGUAACAGCCGUGACAUGACGUUCACUUCGGCCCGUAACUUGCUCGGUAUUCUGCGUCUCUCUACGGCCCUGGCUCGUCUACGGUUGGCCGAUACGGUGGAUAAGGACGAUGUACAGGAAGCGCUGCGCCUGCUAGAAAUGUCAAAGGAUUCGCUAAACCAAACGGAACAACGAGUAACGCACGUCCAAAACACGUCCGAUAAGAUCUUUGCCCUGGUCCGGGAGCUGGCGGGUGAAAACAAAACGGUCAAGAUGUCAGACAUUAUGGAGCGCUGUACGACGAAGGGCUACAAACCGGAUGAGGUUGAGGCGUGCAUCGAGGAGUACGAGGAACUGAACGUGUGGCAGAUCAACCAGACGCGAACAAAGAUCACCUUUAUCUAAGAUCGUUUGCGUGGUCGCAUCAUAUUGCGUAUUCUAGAAGUAUCACCGAUGCGAACUAUCAUCCUUCUAUUGAUUUCUUUUAUAAUUUAGAACAUUUUGUUGAUUUAAGUGCCGUAGAUGUUUCGUAAAAAGUUGUGUAUGUCCUCAAUGCGUUGAGUUGGAUGAAUCUUUUUCAUUAAUGUACCGAACGUCGCUUUUGUGCCGUGUUUCACCAAUAAUCAGUAACGUUUUAGCAACUGUAUUUUAAGUGUGUUUCAAUAAACUUUUUU